CUUAUGGUAAUGUUGCUUUUGUGUUGUUUUUUGGUUGUGUAAAGGUUGUUAUUUUUUAACCAUGAUCUAAUUCCUUUUUAAUACCAUAUAUAAACAGAUGUCUUCAGAUGGAAUUGGUGGUGAUCCUUGUAAACAGAUUUCAGUUUCUGAAAAUGUUGAGGUUACGGAUCGUCGUCUUGUUUGUUUUGAGAUGGGUGCAACAGGUCUCAAUGUUGAUUCUAACAUUGAACUUGAAGAUGACCCAAUUCCCGUUGAAGAAACUCCUCCGGUUGACAAGAGGAAAUCUAAGAAACCCAUAGCGCUGACGUCUCCGUUUAUGGAGUAUGACUCUUCCAUUUCUAGUUCUAAAGAUGGUUCUGGUUAUGGAGUUGUUAAGUAUGUGGCUGGGUUGUGUCCUCUCGAUGAUAAGAUUGGUGAAGAUGUAGAACAUAAAGACGAGAUUGAUUUUGACUUGUGGCUUGGUGAAGGACGCCGAUCGAAGAAAGAUCCGCAUGAUAAGGAGAAGGUUUACUUGAAGGGUAAGGAUAAGAUUGUUCCCCCUUUUCGUUUUGGCGUGGAAGAUGUUGCAACCAAGAUGUGGUUCCACAAGCUUGCAUAUCCUGGCCAAUGUUUGACUAAUUCUCAUCUGGACAUCAUUUUUUACUAUCUACGUAAAAAAGGAAAGUAUGCAAAGGAGCCAAAGGUUAAGUUCACAACCACCGAUUGCUUAUUCUUCAAAACCAUUCAUGCUUUGUAUGAAAAAUUUAUUGCACAGAAAAAAAAUCUUUCUUUGAUAAGCACAACAUGCCAUUGCUUGAUUAUAUAA